CAUCAACUCAUCAUGGAAGAGAAGAAAAGAGAAUCUCUCUUCCUCUCCUAACUUCACAAUAAUAAUAAUAAUAAGAUUGAAAGAAAGAAAGAGAAUCAGCCAUCAACAAAAGCGGAGCAAAUGAUAUGAUUGAUUCCAUUCCAGCUCCUUCCAAGUUCUCUUUUGCUUCUUUUCUCUCCGAGGAUUCUUCUGAAAUUUCUUCGAACCCUCUUCUCUGCAUAACCCAAGAUGCAAGAAUCUGAAAUCGCAUUUCUUAUUUCUCCAACAUUCUCUUAAAAGCUUUUUAGCACAAACCCUUCCCCUUAUACUCGUGCAACUUUCUCUUUUCCACGCAAAAUCUAAAGAUACCCAUAUAUCCCCUCAUGAAAUUCUCUGCAAAAUGAGCGAACUUUUCUGUCCAUCAACUCCAUCAGACAGAGCGAUAGAGCAGGCACUUGUGACAUUGAAGAAGGGUGCUCAUCUUCUGAAGUUUCGACGAAGAGGAAAACCUAAAUUCUGUCCAUUCAGGCUGUCCGCGGAUGAGAAAUUCUUGAUCUGGUACUCGGGCCAGGAGGAAAAACAAUUGAGAUUAAGCUCAGUUACAGAGAUCAUUGGUGGACAGAGGACUACAAAUUUUCAAAGACAACUUCAACCCGACAAAGAAUCUCAUUCCUUUUCAAUAAUAUACGAGAAUGGUCAAUGCUCUCUUGAUUUGAUAUGUAAGGACAAGGCUCAAACCGACGCUUGGUGUUUAGGAUUGCAAGCUUUACUAUCCAGACUACAUCAAUCCAGACGGUUGUGUACUUUAAAGAACGAAAGAGGAUCGCAAUCUUCUCUGAACAGCCCGGCUGGUUUUAUGCGUAGAAAGGGAAAUCUAAGCAUUUCCCAGGAGAGUAUAAUCCUUUCUCAGGUGCACAGUUUGUCUGAUAGUCCAGUUCAAUCAAUCGCUGAGCGGUCCUUUUCUGAUGGCAUAUCGUGUUCUUCUGAUAGCUUAUACUGUCGGUCAAGCUUAUCUAGUCUACCAGGUGAUAUGGUUAAACUCACUCCGAGUUCACCGUAUAUGGAACCAGAAGAUCACAAUAAGAGAGAAUCAACCAUAUUAACAACCAUUCAAAAGUCUCCUAAUUGCGUUAAGUUUGAUGACAGCAAGAAGACAAGAGAAAUAACAUUUCCAAAUAAUUCGCUUCCUCCAUUAGUUUCAACUUCGAACAUUGACAAAAGUAUUUUGAGGGAUGUCUUCAUUUGGGGAGCCGGUAUUAUACAAGGAGGAGGGUCCGAUGUCCUAUUAUUACCCAAGUUAUUAGAGUCAACCGUGGCAUUAGAAGCCCACGAAAUAGCAUUGGGCACGAAUCGUGCCGCUUUAGUAACGAAACUCGGAGACGUCUUCCAUUGGGGAGAGGGACUCCGAGUAGGAAUGAGGAACAAACUUAGUUCCGACAUUGUGGGACUAACAGCUGUCGACACAUUAUCGAGUGUCCCAGUUAAGUCGGUUGUUUGCAGCGAGUAUCGAACUUGUGCUGUGACCUUUUGUGGCGAACUCUACACUUGGGGAGACGAAAGCCAUUGUUGGCCACGUAGGAUUUGCGGUUCACUAGACGGGGUAAGCGUAUCACUCAUUGCUUGUGGCGAAUGGCAUAUGGCGGUUGUAACAACCUCGGGUCGGUUAUUUACUUUCGGCGACGGAUCAUUCGGUGCUCUUGGCCAUGGGGAUUGCUUAAGCGUCUCUCAGCCUAAAGAAGUUGCUUCUCUUAGAGGAAUGUGGGUGAAGACGGUUGCGUGUGGGUCGUGGCACACGGCAGCUGUGGUUGAUAAGCAAUCCGACGGUUGUAAUGGUCGGGUCGGGAAACUAUUUACGUGGGGAGAUGGAGACAAUGGAAAGCUUGGUCAAGAGAUGAAGCUGAUCCCAACUUGCGUUUCGCGUCUUUCUGAUCACAACUUCGUUCAAGUAGCUUGUGGGAGGACGUUUACGGUUGGGCUAACUAAUACGGGUAAGGUAUAUACGAUGGGAAGCUCGGUUAAUGGUCAAUUGGGGAACCCGGAAGCUAAAGAUAAAUCCACGACGGCUGUCGAGGGAAAGCUUAAGAAGGAGUUUGUUAGUAUGAUUUCUUCCGGAUCUUAUCAUGUUGCCGUCUUGACGUCCAACGGCUGUGUUUAUACGUGGGGGAAAGGUGAAAAGGGGCAGUUGGGAUUGGGCGACACGGAAAAUAGAAGCUCUCCGACGUUGGUCGAGAGCCUAAGAGGUAAGGUAGUGGAGAGAGUCGUCUGCGGAUCUAGUUCGACGGCUGCGAUUAGUUUGCACAAAUCUGUAUCGGGUACGGACCAAAACAGUUGCAAGUCGUGUGGGUUGACUUUUGGUUUCUCUCGGAAGAAGCAUAACUGUUAUAACUGUGGACUAGCAUUCUGUCGCACAUGCUGUAGUAAGAAGUCAGCAAACGCGUCUCUGGCUCCGAAGAAAGGGAAGGAAUUCCGUGUUUGUGAUCCCUGCUUCAGUCAACUUGAUAGAGUAGCGAAUUCGGGUAGGUUUCCAAAAGCGGGCAGUUUCAGUCCGAGGCUGUUCAUCACCACCCCACGGAAGGAAGUGUUUGACGUCGUGAAUGGGAAGACAGUUAGUACUCCAAGGGAAAUGAGUUCAAUGCAGCAGAAACCACCACCUUAUGGCACGAAGGUGGUAGUCGAGUCCAUAGAAGAUUCCGUUGCUUCUAUUUCAUGUAGGUUGGACAAAUGGGGAAAUGUACCUUUCCCUUCAUUAUUUCAAAAUUUUGGUUCCCUAAACAACUUAGGGACAGUAAUUGAAAGUCGCUGCGUACCGUCAACCCCAGCCUGUUCUAGAUCAAACCGCUCUGUUUCACAUUCUGUUCUAAAUUAUGACAAGGUUAUGUCUCAAGAGAUUACCAAGUUGAAGUCCGAGGUUGAGAGUCUCAGAAAGUUAUGCGGAAGGAGAGACGAGGAACUUAAAGAAGCGAAACAGAAAAUUGAAGAGGCUUGGUCGAUAGCUAAGACAGAAGUUGCGAAAUGUAAAGCCGCGAAAGAUGUCAUAAAAGCCUUGACGUUGAGGCUUCAUUCUAUGAUGUCGUCUCAAAUAACAUCGAUUGGAGAAGAUGACAGUCUUAUUAAGAAGAAGGUAGGUGAGGUGGCGUUGAGGCGACAAGUGGAGGAGAGUGUCUGCAACUCUCCAAUGAUGUUCUCCACUAAACUUAAAUCCCUGCGCACUCAUAAGGAUCUUGGCGAGCCAACAGACGAAUCAACAGCAACAGCUGUUAAUAGGAAUAAGAAAAAGAGAACUGACGAGUUGGGAGAAAAUGGAUUAUUGAAGGGCUUGCCGGGCCAACAACAAGAAGAAUGGGUAGACAAAUACGAACCGGGCGUGUAUGUAACACUCACAACUCUGCCUUGUGGACAAAAGGACCUCAAGCGAGUGCGGUUCAGCCGAAGGAAAUUUACAGACAAGGAUGCAGAGAAAUGGUGGGAAGAACAUCAAUUGGAGGUUUACAGGAAGUAUGAGAUUGAAGAAGAAGAACAGAUUCGAAGCUAGAUAUGAUAUGAGAUUACUAGUAACAAAUUAACAGUAGCUAUUAUUAUUAUUAUUAUUAUUAUUAUUAUUAUUAUAUAUAAAUGCCAUGCAACUCUGAUAAUUCUUUGUAUAGAUAGGACCAUUGGACCACAUUAUUGUGUUACUACUCUACUUUGUUACUUCUGCAGUCUGCAUGCAAUUUAC